AGAGCGCGGAGGGAGACACGGGGUCCCUACCGUGAGGCAGCGACAGCUCUUCCCGCUUUAAUGUCCUAAGCCGAGGCUAUUCCCACCCUCACUGGCUGAGGCAAAAAGACGCUAACCGCCGUCCCGUCGGAGCCACAGGCCACGUGACAAGCGCGGGUCAUGUGACUCCGAGCCCGGCGGCUGACGUCCGUUACCGUGACAACUGCCUGGCCCCCAGCGGACUUCCCGGCAAAGCGCGGAAUUCGGAGGCGCAGUGUUCUGGGGUUGUAAAUACUUUGGAAUGUUUAUGUUGGCAAGUGAAAAUUAUUGAUUAUGUCUCACUAUUCCAAAGAAGAACUGGAUGAAGAGUUUGAACAGUUCAUGAAAGAGCUUUCAGAUGACUCUUUUGAAAAUUCAAACAAAACAGCUAGACAACCUAAAAGAGAAGUGAAAAAGAAAGAUGCACUGCCAUGGUGGAUAACAGAAGAUGAUUUUGAAGAUGGUGGACAGCUGGGAACAAAUGUAAGCUAUCUGAAAACAAAGACGACUUCUCAGCCUAUUAUGGAAAUAGAAGAGGAGUCUGCUGAGAGGAUUCAGUUUCUCAAGAGCAGUGGAACCUCCAUCCUAAGCAUUGACAGCUUAGAAACAAAUGAGAGAGUAGUUUCUGAGGUCAAUCAAAGUGUACUUGGAUUGGGAUUGGACACAUUUGAAGAAAAAGAAGAAAAAGAGCAAUUUUUUGCCAGACUUGAGAAAGGGUUAACGUCUUCCAUUGAUUACUCAAGAUUAAAUAAGGAAUUGGAUUCUAAUGAUUCCACACAUUUUAAAGCUUUACAUAGUAAUCAAGCUAAUAUAGAAUUAACUGAAGAUAAACAUGAGAAUGAAUCAAAGCAUGAAGAACUGGCAGAAAAUUACAGUGAUGAUUUUGAAGAUGAGGAAAUUGAUGGGCUUUUGACUACUAAAGAUGAAGAGACUAAUUCCAGAGAAAAUUCCAAAUCAGAAAAAAUAAAUGCACCCAAACAGGAAGAAGAGAAAACUGGCAUGCUGGCCAAUGUGGUGCUACUUGAUUCAUUAGAUUCUGUUGCAGAGGUCAACCUUGAUGAACAAGGUAAAGCAACUACGGUGCCAAAGGUUCUGCCCGAAAUAACUGACAACGAAAUGACAGGAACAGGUGUUUCUUUUGGACAAAGCAAUAGUGAUAUUGAAGCUCUUCAUCAGGCUUAUUGUCAUAUAGCCCAUUCCGUGGCCCAUUCCUUGGGAGAUCUUGAUAAACAAAAUAUUGAGACUACUGCCAUGGAAAAUGUCAAGAGCUCAGAGAAAGAUCAUACUCAAGAAAAUGAGGAGUCCUCCAAAAACAUCUCUACUACGGAAUCUGAUCUGCCCACAGUAGAGGAACUGAUGAAAACUAUUAGAAUAGAUUCCUUUGGUAUCAGUGGUUUGGAAUUACAAUCUGUAAGCUAUAAAAACCAGGCUGGUAGUAAAGAAACUGAAUUCAUAAGCCCCUUACCCCUUAAGAUGAAGCCAAAUGUGUCUCAAGAGCUACAACAUGUGAACCAAUUAUUUGACAAAAAUGAAGAGAAUGUGGUUUUACAAAAGACAACAAAUGAAAGUAUAGAAAAUUGCUGCCCCAUAGUAAAUACUACAGAAGAAUGUAUAGAUAAAAUGUACCUUGACAUUUUGCGGAAAAAAUUAUCUGUUGCUCCUUCAGUGUUACCUCAGGAGGACAAAAUAAAGAAAACUUUUAGAUCUCAACUCAGUUCUGGAGAAGGGGCUGUAAUUGAUAAAGAAGUACCAUACAAGAAAGCCAGAAGUGCGCCUCCUUUACUUAAAAGAAAGCCCCAGAGUGGUGUAUAUGCAUCAGUUAGGAGCUCGGGCUAUGGAAAACCCAGUUCACCAUGUAAGACUUCUACUCUUGAAAAGAAAACUUCAAAGGACAUGAUGAAAAGCAAAAACUUGAAAUCCAUUCUCACCUCAAAUCAAGGAAGAAAAAAAGAAAUCUUAUCUGAAACAAAACUUAAGCCUGCUGCAUUCGGUAAACCAGUUCCCAAAACUUCAAGUUGCCUGGCUACUCCUAAGAAGUCUGAAGAUGCUACAGAAAUUGGUUCCUGUGUUCAUUUUCAAAAUGAUUCUUCAGGAUAUCGUGAUGGGAACAUGGACACAGAAUCAAUUAUGUUUAAAAGAGUUCAGGAAGCAGAGGAAAAAUGGAGGGGUGCACAAGCCUUAAUUGAGCAAAUUAAAGUCACAUUCUCCGAAAAAGAGAGAGAGUUAGAAAAUAAGGUGGAAGAACUAAAAAGACAACAGGAAAAGGAACUCUUCAAAUUGAGUCAGGACAAUUAUAUUCUUCAAACCAAGUUAAAUAGCUUUGGAGAAACAAACAAAAAACAAAGGUGGUUACAUGUUGGAGAAACAACCAAUCCUGUCACUGAAGAAAAAUUGAAGCAAAUCCAAAAAGAAAUACAAGAACAAGAGACACUUCUUCAAGGAUACCAACAGGAAAAUGAAAGACUGUAUAAUCAAGUGAAAGAUCUCCAAGAACAAAACAAGAAAAAUGAGGAACGAAUGUUCAAGGAAAACCAGAGUUUAUUCAAUGAGUUAGCAACCUUAAAAGAACAGAUGCAAAGAAAUCGUUUCCUGUCUCAAGUAGUUGAAGAUUCAGAGCCCACGAGAAACCAGAAUUUUACAGAUCUGUUAACAGAACUACGCAUGGCACAAAAAGAAAAAAACAGUUUAUUGGAAGACAUCAAGAGACUGAAACAAGACAAACAAGCUCUUGAAGUAGACUUGGAAAAAAUGAAGAAAGAAAGAGACCACGCCAGAGAUCAGGUUGCUUAUGUCACAGGUGAGAAAUUAUAUGAAAUAAAAAUUUUAGAAGAAACACAUAAACAAGAAACUAGUCGUUUGCAAAAAAGAAUACAGUGGUAUGCGGAAAAUCAGGAACUUCUGGAUAAAGAUGCAGUUCGACUUAAAGAAGCAAAUGAAGAAAUUGAGAGGCUCAAGCUUGAGGCUGAGAAACUGAAAGCUGAAUAUGGAAAUCCAUCUCUUCAGAGGAAGACACAUUUAAAAGAUAAAGCAGCUGAUGCCAAAAGAAUUCAGGACCUAGAGCGACAAGUUAAGGAAAUGGAAGGAAUUCUAAAGAGAAGAUAUCCUAAUUCUUUACCUGCUUUAAUAUUGGCUGCAUCAGCAGCUGGUGAUACAGUAGAUAGAAACACAGUGGAAUUUAUGGAAAAAAGAAUAAAAAAACUAGAAGCUGACCUGGAGGGCAAAGAUGAAGAAGCAAAGAGAAGCCUUCGUACCAUGGAACAAGAGUUUCAGAAAAUGAAGAUUCAGUAUGAACAGAGACUAGAGGAGCAGGAGCAGCUACUUGCCCACAAAUUGAAGGCAUCAUCUCAGAACCAACAUGACAACUCUUCCAGGGUUAAAGCACUAGAGAAGGAACUUGACGACAUUAAGGCAGCCCAUCAAAUCACUGUAAAAAACCUUGAAGCUGAAAUAGACAAGUUUAAACAACAGAAUGCUGAAUUAGAACUCAAGAAAAAUAGAGAUGAUAAAGAUUUCCAGUCCAUCGAGUUCCAAGUGGAACAGGCUCAUGCUAAAGCUAAACUGGCAAGACUCAACGAGGAGCUGGCGGCAAAGGGGAGAGAAAUACAGGACCUUUCGAAAACUGUGGAGAAGCUUCAGAAGGAGAGAAGGAUGAUGCUAUCCAGUCAGAACUCGAAGGGGAGGGAGGAAACUGCAAAAAGGGUAAAGAAGGAUGUUUCGCACCCAGGUAAAGGAAACGCCAACUCCUUCCCUGGGACCCUGGAUGGCAAGCUUUACCAACCACGUACUUUUACCGAUUCCCACAUUUCCGAGGUUUUACAAGAAAACUGCAGAUUGAAAAAUGAACUGGAGAAAGUAAUUGUGGAGAGGAAUGAGUUGAAGAUGAAAUCUGACAUAGCUAUGAACCAGUUUGAGAAUUCCAUAAAAAGGGUCAAGGAAGACACUGCAGCACACAUCACCUCUCUCAAAGCAUCUCAUCAAAGGGAAAUAGAGAAACUCCUUUGCCAAAACGCAGUAGAAAAUUCCUCUUCCAAAGUAGCUGAACUAAAUCGUAAAAUAGCCACUCAAGAGGUACUUAUAAAACAUUUCCAAAAUCAAGUUAAUGAGCUGCAAGAUAAACAAGAAUCUCUUAUGGUUUCUCAAGUUCGAGAAGAAAUCCUACAGAAAGAGAUUACAAAACUCUUAGAAGAAUUGAGAGAGGCCAAAGAGAACCAUACCCCAGAGAUGAAACAUUUCAUGGGCUUAGAAAAGAAAAUUAAACAGAUGGAAAUGAGACAUAAACAAAGAGAGCAAGAACUUCAACAGAGACCAAGAAGCACUGCCUUAAAAGGGUAAGAGGAGCAGCCACAGUCUGACAGGCCAGCAUAGCGUUGCACCAGAGGGUACUCUGUGGCCUACAUUUCCUCCAGUGGGAAAAAGAGCCCAAGAUGAACAUCCAACUUGCCCACCACUGUGGGUUGCUUCCCAGGAGGCCCACUUGGUCUCACCUCAUAAAGAUUUCAGGGCAGAAUCUAUGGGGCUCAGCCACUGGAGAUCAGAUUGUGACUGCAAAGUUCACCUCCUGCCAUGGACACACUAAAUCUUUAGCUACUGUGCAGAACAAUUUCCUCAAGGAGAGGGAGGGGGGAAACAAAACAAAAAGCAGCUAGCUGAACAACUCCUACACAAAGUAAGCUAAGGCAAAAUCUCACCAAAAGCCUCCACCUCCAGCUAGUGACCACAAUCAAGAGGAAGCUCAAACCCGGAUCUUUUCCCUGAGGAGUAAAGAGUUUGAAACCCACAUUGGGCACUUUAACUUUUAAGAUCUGCUCCUGAGAGAUGAACCUCCGGAACUCAGCUUUGUAAGGCCACGGGGGCUUGUGCCCCUGAGACCCAGGAGGCUCUAGCAAACUAACAGCCCUAAAGGCCAAGUGCGUACACCCCCUCCAGGGCGCAAUGCAGAGGCAGCAAGGGCUCUCUGCGAAAGAGCUCUGCUUAUCUAAGCACUGGCCUGGGGGCAGCCAUCUAAUGCAGCACACACCUAGGAGCUGCUGAAAUACUCUCCAGGGACCAGGGUGGUGAGAGCUAUCUUCACACUCUUCCUCUCGCCUUGCUACAACUUGCCAGUAUCUUCCAGAAAGGAGCUUGCACCCUCAUUUGGCACCUCAAUUUUUGUGGCUGCCACCCAAAUAUAUAUUGCCUUGUUGGCCCCCUGGACAGUAUAUAUUUGCAUACUUUAUUAGAUGCUGCCUGAGGGUCUGGCUUCCAGUCUACCUGAAUCUAGGUGCUGAGAUCCUCCCCUUUGAGACACUGACAUAGGUACUCCUAACUAAUGGAAACCACUAAACAUAAAAUAGGUUGUUUGGACAAUUACAAAAAUUUAAGAGAAAACCAAGAACUAGGACAAGGAAGGCAGAGUUGAUGGCAGCUUCAUCUACAUGACACCCUCCUUCUAGACUGGCAGGUGGCUCUUUUACCAACGUAUAGAAACUAACAGAGUCAGGAAAACAUAAAAAAAAAUAGUGAAAUAUAGUCCCAAAAAAAGAGAACAAGAUAAAGCCUGUGGAAAAGAUCUUCAGGAAACAGAGUGAGUUAUCUGUUCAAGAG